AUGAAUCAGUCAAACUUUACUUUGAUUGAUCAUUCACAUGUGCUACCAACAUAUGUUGGCUAUAUUGGCGUUUUGGUAGCAGUUGGAUUCUUCGGAAGUUUUUUGGUACCUGCACAAAAACUUCGAAUUCAUGAUAGUUUCUCUUAUCAGUUUUUCAUGAGUGUUGGUAUAUGGACUACUGGUUUGCUUAUCAAUUUAAUCUUACAAAGUACAGUAUUUUUUCCAUUAGUUUUGAUUGGUGGAUUUCUAUGGGCUAGCGGGAAUAUCUUAAGUUUACAUGUAAUCCAAAUCAACGGUGUUGGUUUGUCAAUGUUAUUAUGGUCAACGACAAAUGUACUGUUAGGUUGGGCAUCAGGCCGUUGGGGUUGGUUUGGACUAAUGCCAGAUAAAAUUUUCUCACCCUAUCUCAACUAUGUGGGUGUUGCAAUAACAUGUGUAAGUGGACUGAUAUUUUUUAAUAUAAAAACGGAUAAACAAAAAAUUGAAAGUGAUACAAAGUUAAACGGUAAUGUCGACGUGAUGUCAUUAACUCCACUCAAUGAAGGGGUCGAAGUUAAUCCUACAAUACAAUCAUCAUCGAAAAAGCUUUAUACUAGAAAGUUCCGUCUUCUGGCAAGUCUAUUAGCAAUCAUUGCUGGUUCAUUUUUCGGUUUAACUUUUACGCCUAGUACAUAUAUUCAGCAUCAUCCAGAAAAAUAUCCUUAUUCAUCUAACAAUGGACUUGAUUAUUGUUUCUCUAUGUAUUCAGGAGUUCUUUUAACAUCAUUCGUCUAUUAUUCAUUCAAUAUAAUCAUCAAACAUAAUCAACCAUUUAUGAUAGAGUCUAAAACAAUUUUUCCAGCAUUCUCUUCAGGUAUAAUGUGGGGUUUAGGACAAGCUGGAUUUCUUGUAGCUAAUUCUGUUUUAAAUCAAGCGAUAGCCUUUCCUCUUGUGAUUGCCGGACCUUCAUGUGUCGCAGUAAUUUGGGCAUUAUUUUAUUUCAAAGAUAUGUCUGGAAUUAGAAAUUAUGUAUACAUUUCAGUUGGUAUUAUACUCAGAAUUGGUGCAGCUAUUUUAAUCGUUUUCUCAAAACAAAAAAUACUAUGA